UGCCGCGGCGGAGCGGGCGCGGGGCAGAGCGCGGCGCAGCAGCGGCAGCAGCCGGCGGCAGGGGGGGGCAGCGCGGCCGCGGAGGGACGGCGAGCGGCCGCCUGCAGUUUUGUAUCAAGACCUUGAGAAUAAAAUACACAUGGCACAGAUUGUAACAUUUUUUCAGAUGCUGUUAGUUCUGCUACUUCAUGAUUAUAUCUCAGCUGAAGAUGGUGAAACAAGAGCAAGUUGCCGAACUGCUCCGGCAGAUUUAGUUUUUAUCCUGGACGGCUCUUACAGUGUUGGCCCAGAAAACUUUGAAAUAAUCAAAAGUUGGCUUGUCAAUAUUACAAGAAAUUUUGACAUAGGGCCAAAGUUUAUUCAAGUUGGAGUUGUCCAGUACAGUGAUUACCCUGUACUUGAAAUUCCCCUCGGAACUCAUGAAUCCACUGAGAACCUCAUCAGGGAAAUGGAGUCCAUACACUAUCUGGGAGGAAAUACAAGAACAGGAAGAGCUAUUCAGUUUGCCUUUGACCAUCUUUUUGCAAAAUCUUCACGAUUUUUAACAAAAAUAGCAGUAGUUCUCACUGAUGGAAAGUCCCAAGAUGAAGUCAAAGAUGUAGCAGCAGAAGCAAGGAAAAAUAAGAUCACUUUGUUUGCAAUUGGUGUUGGCUCAGAAAUUGAGGAGGAUGAACUUAAAGCUAUUGCAAAUAAACCUUCAUCAACUUAUGUAUUUUAUGUUGAAGACUAUAUUGCAAUAUCAAGAAUUAAAGAAGUUAUAAAACAGAAACUCUGUGAAGAAUCUGUUUGUCCAACAAGAAUUCCAGUGGCAGCUCGAGAUGAAAAAGGAUUUGACAUUCUUGUAGGAUUAGGUGUGAAGAAAAAAGUUAAAAAGAGAAUUCAAAUAUCAACCACUAAUGCAAAAGCUUAUGAAGUAACCUCUCGUGUUGACCUCUCAGAAUUAACAAGGAAUGUGUUUCCAGAAGGUCUCCCUCCAUCCUAUGUGUUUGUUUCCACUCAAAGAUUUAAAGUAAAAAAGACAUGGGAUUUGUGGAGAAUCCUGAGUCUAGAUAAGAGACCACAGAUAGCAGUCACUGUUAAUGGAGAAGAGAAAACAUUAUCAUUCACUACAACAAGUUUAAUAAAUGGCACACAAGUUAUUACAUUUGCUGCACCUCAUGUAAAGACAUUGUUUGAUGAAGGCUGGCAUCAAAUUCGUCUCUUAGUAACAGAAGACUUUGUAACUUUGUAUAUAGAUGGCCAAGAAAUUGAAACAAAGCCAUUACAUCCUGUUUUAGGUAUUUACAUCAGUGGCCUAACUCAAAUAGGAAAGUAUUCUGGAAAGGAGGAAACGGUACAGUUUGAUAUACAAAAACUGCGAAUAUACUGUGACCCAGAGCAAAAUAAUCGAGAAACAGUCUGUGAGAUCCCAGGAUUUAAUGGAGAGUGCAUGAACGGUCCCAGUGAUGUAGGCUCAACACCUGCCCCCUGCAUAUGCCCACCGGGAAAGCAAGGACCUCCAGGCCCCAAAGGUGACCCUGGGCAGCCUGGGAAUCAUGGUUAUCCUGGUCUGCCUGGUCCAGAUGGUAAGCCUGGAUACCAGGGAUCAGCAGGAACUCCAGGUAUCCCAGGACCUCCAGGGAUUCAAGGACCUCGUGGCUUGCCAGGUAUCAAGGGAGAACCAGGAAAAGAUGGGGCAAAGGGUGACAGUGGACUACCUGGUUUUCCUGGAUUACAUGGGAUGCCAGCACCAAAGGGAGAAAGAGGUCCGAAAGGGGAUCAAGGAGUGCCAGGAAUAUAUGGAAAAAAGGGUUCAAAAGGAGAGAAGGGUGAUACAGGGUUUCCAGGACUGCCUGGGCGAUCUGGAGACCCUGGCAGAAAUGGGAAAGAUGGAUUACCGGGCAGUCCUGGCUUCAAGGGAGAAGUUGGGCAGCCUGGAUCUCCAGGCCUAGAAGGACAUCGAGGAGAGCCUGGAAUUCCUGGAAUUCCUGGAAAUCAAGGAGCAAAAGGACAAAAGGGUGAAAUUGGACCUCCAGGUCAACCAGGAGCAAAAGGGUCACCAGGAGAUACUGGUGUGAUGGGACCAGAAGGUUCGCUUGGUCUACCUGGAGCUCCUGGGCCUAAGGGUGAUAAAGGCGACCCAGGAAUACAGGGGAAACCAGGAUCAUCAGGAGCCAAGGGAGAUCGAGGAGUACCAGGGGCUUCAGGUGAACCAGGCUACCCAGGCAUUCCUGGUACUCAGGGAUUAAAGGGGGAGAAAGGAAACCAAGGUGAUGCUGGUAUCCAGGGACUGAAAGGAGAAAAAGGAAGACAAGGAAAUCCAGGCUUACAGGGAGUAGAAGGAUUGAGUGGAGAACGAGGAGAGAAAGGUGAGAAAGGAGAUCCAGGCAUUCGAGGCAUCAGUGGACAAAAAGGAGAAUCUGGUGUUCAGGGUUUGAUUGGACCUCCUGGCCUCAGAGGUCAGCCAGGAGACAGAGGACCUCCAGGACCACCUGGAUCAGAUGGAAAACCUGCACGAGAAUUUUCAGAAGAGUUUAUUCGACAGGUGUGUUCAGAUGUACUAAGAACCCAGUUGCCUGCUAUUCUCCAGAGUGGAAGACUACAAAACUGUGACCAUUGUCAGUCCCAAAGCGCUCCCCCAGGACUUCCAGGACCACCAGGUCCAAGAGGCCCUGAAGGCCCAAGAGGGUUUCCUGGUUUACCAGGGAAUGAUGGCGUUCCAGGGCUGAUGGGCAUGCCAGGUCGCCCUGGGGCUCGUGGGACAAGAGGACUUCCAGGGAAGAAUGGUGCAAAAGGCAACCAAGGAGUUGGUGUUCCUGGGAUCCAAGGCCCCCCAGGACCUCCAGGUCCUGAAGGUCCACCAGGCAUGAGUAAGGAAGGACGUCCUGGAGAGCGUGGGCAGCCUGGUAAAGAUGGAGAUCGUGGCACUCCAGGAAGGCCAGGACCAGUUGGACCCCCUGGAAUUUGUGACCCAUCACUGUGUUUUAGUGUAAUUGUGGGGAGAGAUCCAUUUAGAAAAGGACCAAAUUAUUAAUUUGUGAUACGAUAAUUUAGAGGAAUAGUUACGGUGCUUAUCUUUCAUGAUCUUUCAAAUCUCAGGAAGGUGACCAGCAAUAAUCCCAUAAGAAAGAGCAAAAGUACCUCUGACUUUAAAAGCAUUAUAAUGAUCUCAAAGGUUAUACGUUCCUUUAGAUAAGAAACUCCAAAACACCAGUAACUUUUUUUCAUACCUUGCACUGGUUGAAUCUCAAGUGUUUUUAAAGAGAUUAUCAGUUUCAAUAGAAAUAAAAUUAACUGUAAUAUUUGGUAUUUACUAUUUAAGUGUCCUAUCAUUCUCCUUUUACCUCUCUUUACCAAAGAAAGUCCUUUGCAAAAUUGCUGGAAACACCACUGGGAGCAGAAUUAGGUCUUAAAUGUCAUUGGUCAGGUAUAAGUAACUGUGAAAUUCUUCACAUGCAGCCAACAUACACAGUAUUUGAUUUUGAAAGAAUGUGCCAGGCUUUGACUUCAUAUGUGUGCAAAUUUCAUUGCUUUAUGUCCAUUUCAUAUGCCAUUGCUCCAGAUGUGAGUGAAAGCAUGUUAUCAGAUUUUUAUUAAUUAAGACAGAUACUUGUGCUCAUCACAGGAGAAAUGCCACCUGUCUUGCCAUGCAGCUCUGCUUAAAACCAAGGUUAAAUGCAAAGGUAGAAUUACCUUUGGUAAUUCUAGGUUCAAGGGCCAACAUUUUAUUGAAGAUGGUACUGUCAACUAUGAAAUGUCAAAAGUUUGCAUGUGGGUGAUUCAGCUCAUAUGAAAAUAGCAUUAAAAAUAAGAAAUACCAAAAUCCUGACAUAGCUGGCUUUAGCUAUGAUUUGGCAAAAUUAAAGAUUUAAAAUGUUUGCACAACUCCAAUGUAACAGUUCUGAAGUAUGAAGUAUCAAGUUAUAUACUCUUUGCUGCUUCUGCUCAAGGACUGCUUUGCCAAAUUGAAGAAGCACGUUUACAAGGAGAAAGGUCUAACUGGUGGCUAACCAGCUGCAAUGUUUGUUAUGCUGUUUCCUUUUUCAUUUUAAACCAGCUGUGUGUAAUUUUCAUUGUAUGCUUUGCUAAUGAAGUUUAUUGCUUGCUUUUACAUAAUGAGCAAAAGCACAGUUCCCAUGAGAAUUUAAAAUCUAUUUCUUAAAUUAAGGCAGAGUCCUGUAUUAAGGUCACUCAUAUAAGUCACUUUUUCUAAUGUGUUGUUUUUCUGUUGUCCUACUAUCAGAGACUGUUAAUAUGCUUGACAUUCAAGGUAAAAUAAAAGACACACUUUCCAAUAAGAUGUAUGGUUGAGUGAAUUAUGAGUCUGAGAGGAGGCAAAACCAAGACCAACCCAACAAGCGCAAGUCAGAAGAACCUCUAACUACAAUGAAUAGAAAAAGAAGACUGGAGUUCCCUAAUUGUAGAAAAAUCCUCUUGAUUUUGAGCCAGUCUGAUUGGUAGCUUGGUUUAUGAUUUCAUUUGAUCAAAUUAACACAUAUAUCAAGCUUAAAUUUUAAAAGUAGAGGUGGUUUUGUCACCCCAUUAGUCCUACUGGAGGGUUGUUUCUGAGUAACUGACUGAAGAUCUAUGAGCAAUUUCCAGUUUGCAUCUAUUAAUUGGCCCUCUCUCAUAGUUUUUUAUAUGUCUGAUCAAUUUCUAUUUGAGCUCAGCUUUUGGUUUUCUGUCUGCAUUUCUGUGCAUUGUAGCAGUUCCCUUAUAGUUUUUGACAGGUGUUUGUCUGCUUUUCCAGCUCUGGAAUGCUUCUCUUUUCAACAGACUUGGAAGGUCACAGUUAAGCCAAGGUGGUCUCUUGCUCUGCCUACUUCUCUAUCUUUAAAGGAGAUGAAGUGUUCCUGUGCUUCCAGGAAAAGAAUUUUAGAAAAACUCCUGGCACAGUCUAGCUCCUUUAUCCUUCAUGGAAGCUUCCCAUGAAAUCCUUCCCAAUUUAGGUCUGAGAGAGCUGAAAUUUUCUCUUCUAAAAUUUAAAAUGUUUCUUGUAAUACUAACCUUCAGUGUGCUCCAGUUCUCCUGUUUGUUCCCCAGGCUGUGUGCAUUGGUAUGCAUACACUUGAGGUGGUUGGUUUUCUGGCUGUCAUCUUGUCAGGCUGCUAAAGAACAUUUGUCUUAAUUUUUUUUUUCCCAUGCAAAUAAAAGAGAUAGUUACUUAUCCUCUGCUCCUUCUGGUAUCUAAAGCAGCUCAGUCUGGCCUAGCAUGAGUAUUUCUGUACAGUGCUCCCCGAAGAGUACAAUCUAAGCUAGCUACAGCUAUAAAACAAAAUCUCAUGUUGGACCCAUUUCAUUGUGUGUAAUAAUAUAGUAAGAAAGACUGAGUUAGUAAACUAAAUAAUUAAGAGGCUUCACUGAAUGUAAAACCAAAUUCAAAGCCUUGAUCUGCAAAAGGGGGAGAUUUGAUGCUGAAUCUAUUUGAUUGCCUACUCUCCUGAGUUGUUUGGAUGCUUUGAGCUUUAGUGCUGCUGGAUCUCUGGUAUUUUGCUUUGAAUUUGAGUCUGUGAAACUGUGGCAUUUCUACAAAAAAGGAUUUGGUUUUGACAAGCUGGAAUUUUCUAGAGGACAUGUUAGCCAUCCAGUCUGUGCAGGUGCCUUUUAGAAAGUUAGUAGUAGUAGCUUAAAUACAUGGAGACACUUUGGAAAUGUAGUUCUACAUUUUUAAAUGCCCAGGAGCUCUAUAGGAAGUAUCUUGCAUCCCAGUGAAAUGCAUAUGUUAUAGCCUAGGAACCUGUGAUUUCAAUUAUUUCUCCUUAAAAUUUUAUCAAGCCAGAAUUUAGCAGACUUCAUAAUCAUUUAAUUUCCUAAAUUCAUUUGAUAUAGUGGGAUUAUAGAGCAGUGUAGGUGUGUCCAAGAUUGUAUCUUGACUGGAUCUCUUAACUGAGAAUAUGAAUAUAUUUCCAGAUCUUCAUCUGAUUCUACAGUAAGAGGUUAAACAAAUGGUAUAAACUUGAGUAUUAUCAAAUUAAUGAUCCACAGGAGAGAGACUUUUAUUUACUGUUGAGGCAAACUAUAUGACAUUCUUGCAGAUGUUAAUCUUCAAUCAGAAGCUGUGAAUUAAAAAGAUCACAGUGCAACAUGUCACCAUCUCUGAUAUUCUCUGGAAAUAAUUACUAGAAACUCUGUUAACUGACAUUUACUUACUUACUGUCCUGAUGAUAGUCUUUACAACUGGAUCUUGGGUUAAUUUUUAAGCAGAGGGCAAGAUUAAAAACAAAGUCUGGAUUUUUUUUUUGGUAGCAUUUUGUUGUCUAACUUUGAGUUAAGAAAUAUCCUCUCUGGUUAUCUAGUGCCUGUUGGUGUCAGUAGAGGAACUGUGAUUCACUACACUAAAUUUUAAAUAUGGCUUCAACUCAUCUCUGUGUGCAUAAAAUAGAUUUAAUAUUUACCACUUUACUAUGCCCAUUGAUUGUUAUUUUCUCUCAGUUUCUUAGGCAUAUACUUGGACAUAAAGAUGCAGAAUGGAAAAGUAUUACUGUGGGAACUGGAUUUCUUAAUGAAAGCCUAAUGCUGUAUGGAUGGAGCUCAGUAAUUUUCACCUCUGAGAAUCAUGAUCUUAGAGAAGUUUGGAGUAAAUACAUAUGGAGUGAUGUGUCUAUAUAUAAAUAUAUAUGAUUUAGUAAAAGACCAGAUGUCACAGAUGGCUUCCACAUGUGCAGAUUUAUUU